UGACGAGUUAGGAGCUUUAUUGUAACAGGUUUUACCGGAAGUCGUUUGCGUCGUUGUGUUCGCCGUCUUUAUGGUCAGUUUAUUACAAACACGCACAGCUGCUCUCAAUCCACACACUCAGCGCCGCAGACUCAGCUGGGGACUGUGCUGUUCUCUGGCGGACUUAUUUCUUCGAACUACGGGACGGAAACAGAGCAAAGCAGAGUUUGUCAGUGCUCCAAAUCACUUUGAUGCAAAAGUAAAAGUCCUCACAAACUGCUCCGGAUGAUCCGCCGGCAAAGAUUCCCAGAUGCUGGGUUUCAUGUGUUUCACGUGUCUUCGCUCCACAGUCAGGUAGACUUGAGCGUAUUUCUCACCCGGAGUGUCUGCGUGUGAUUGAUCCGUCCGUGGAUGCGGGUGUCGGGCUCGGAUCCAGAGCCCUGCAGGAUCUGCCUGUCAUAGGGGCUCCAUCAUCACCACCACCACCACUACCAUCAUCUUCAUCAUCAUCAUCAUCAUGCUCUAUCCAGGUCUUCAUAAGUGGAUGAGGAAUAUUUCUCCAGUGAUGCUGCUGCUGCUGCCGCUGCUGCUGCUGAUGUUGGUGCAGAUUUUGGGGCUUUUACCUACCACUGGAGCGGCUCCUGCCCAGACCACAGAGCAGCUGGACACAGGAGUGGACUGGCUGAGCAGAUUUGGAUACCUCCCACCUCCUGACCCGGUGACUGGGCAGCUCCAGACCAAGGAGGCCCUGACCAAGGCCAUCAAAGCCAUGCAGAGGUUUGGAGGACUGAAGGAGACUGGAGUUUUCGACCAAGCCACAUUAGGACUAAUGAAAACCCCCAGAUGUUCUCUGCCAGAUGUGUCGGACGCUGAGGGGACCACGAGCCGCAGGAAACGGAACCUUGCUCUUCAGAACAAAUGGAAUAAAAGACAUCUGUCCUGGAGAGUGAGGACCUUCCCUAAAGAUUCAGCCAUAUUGGGCAGGGACACGGUGCGAGCCCUCAUGUACUACGCCCUGAAGGUCUGGAGUGACAUCGCACCUUUGAACUUCCACGAAGUGGCCGGCAGUGACGCAGACAUUCAGAUAGACUUCACCAAAGCUGACCACAACGAUGGAUACCCCUUUGAUGGACCAGGGGGCACCGUGGCACACGCCUUUUUCCCCGGAGAGAGGUUUACGGCCGGGGAUACGCACUUCGAUGACGACGAGGCGUGGACCUUCAGAUCUCCAGAAUCCAAUGGAAUGGAUCUGUUUGCUGUUGCAGUCCAUGAGUUUGGCCACGCCAUCGGCUUGGUCCACACCUCAGCCAUGGAGUCCAUUAUGAGACCGUAUUACCAGGGUCCUGUAGGAGACCCUCUGAAAUACGACCUGCCCUAUGAAGACAAGGUCCGAGUCUGGCAGCUGUACGGUGUCAGAGACUCAGUGUCCCACACAAACCGACCAAUCAGCUCCUCUCAGACUGCUGAGCCUCCCGUCUUGUUGGACCUCCCUGAAAACAGAUCCACCUUCCUGCUGGCUCUGGACGCCCCAGACAGAUGCUCCAGUCACUUUGAUGCAGUGGCCCAGAUACGAGGAGAGGCUUUCUUUUUCAAAGGAAAGUAUUUUUGGAGGCUAACUCGGGAGAAGCACCUGGUGUCUCUGCGGCCAGCACAGAUCCACCGUUUCUGGAGGGGCCUCCCAAAAAAUCUGGACAGCGUGGACGCUGUGUAUGAGAGGCCUGGUGACCACAAAAUAGUUUUUUUCAAAGGUCUGAAGUACUGGGUCUUUAAAGACAACAUCGUGGAGGAGGGUUACCCUCGUCAAAUCACUGACUUUGGUUUACCCUCGGAGGGAGUGGACGCAGCUUUUGUUUGGUUACACAACGACAAAACUUACUUCUUCAAGGACAACCAGUACUGGCGCUACGACGACCAUCUGAGACACAUGGACCAGGGGUACCCUAAAGACAGCACGCUGUGGAAGGGGCUGCCGUCACAGCUGGACGACGCCAUGAGGUGGUCGGAUGGCUCCUCCUACUUCUUCAAGGGUAAGGAGUACUGGCGAGUACCUGGCAGUGGCAUGGAGGUGGAGCCAGGAUACCCCCGCCUCAUCGCCAAAGACUGGCUCCUGUGCACGGAGAUGCAGUCAGACUCUCCAGACACAGAGCUCAAAAUAACAGAGACGAGGGUCAACGUUCACCUUCACCCCGACCACGCGGAGAACGGGUACGAAGUUUGCUCCUGCACCUCCGACACCGCUUCACCUCUGGGCGCUCGCCCAUCGCCAUCGCCACUGUGGCUGCUGCCCCCUCUCUGGACGCUCCGGCUGGCCCUCCACUCUGAACUGCUAUGAUGUCAUAGUGUGGGAGCAGGGGGGCCAGUGGGCACUGAGCCAAACUAACAAGUGGAAUAUAGUCUUUCUGGUUCUUUUUAUUCUAUAUCAUUUGAUAUUUAUUUAUCAUGCCUCUGAUGAUAGAUCUCCCCCUCCCCUUCCAUCCAUCCAAGCCCCCAGGCUACAGCCCACUCACAAGGAUUAACACAGUUUUGGUCAAACUGCUUUUUCCUUGCCAGGAAAACAGUAUUGAUUAUUGCUCAUCAAAGGGCAAAGGUCAACGAGAUGCCUACACACACUGACGGCUGCUCUUUAUUCAACUAAAACUAUUGUAGUUAGAGAUUAAACAUAUUAUAACACUUAACCUCCGCUGUUAUCUGACAUAAAGAGGUGGUUCUAUUUUCACAGUGGAUUUUUUUGCGUCUGUAACAACACAAAAGAAGUGAAUAACACUUUGUUAGUGUCGUUUACCACUGAGGAAGAAAACAACAUUUUUUUAUUUAUGGUUUGAACAAAAGGCCUUCUAUGUGAUGAAAUGUUCUGUAGAAGUUUUCAAUUACCGCCAAACAGAUUUUUUAAAGACAAUUUAGCAAAAACAUUAAAGAAAAUAAUCCAGACUGUUGAGGUUGGUCAAAAAGGAAUUCUAACAUUUUUGGUAAGAGUUUAUAAAAUUGCAAGAAAAAAUGUUGUUGACAAUUGCGAGUGUUAAAGCAUUUGUUACAGAAAACGUCGUUUUUUUUCCCAGAAGAUGCCUAAAAAUUUACAUUCAAUAAGUCAGGGAGCUCGAGUCAAAAGUCUAAAAAAUGUAAAAACAUGAUGCUCAGUAGUAAAUAAAAACAGUUCAGAGGCCAAGAAUAUGGCAGUAAUGUAAAAAGACAGGUUAAAGACAGAUAUAGUUCCAGUGGUGUCUGAGGACUGUCUUUAACCCAGUCCUCAAAAAUAAACAAAAAAUAGAGCAAAAAUAAAUUAUCAUUUUAAACCAAUGUUGAUACCUAAAACUGCUUUUGAUAAGCCUUCACAUUACUAGACUGUUCUGAUCCAGAUCUGGUAUCUGUUGGUACUUUGGGGGUAUCAAGAGGUAAGGUUUAUCAAAAUCGCUCCUUUCCCUGUUCUUGGUUGGUUUCGUCAAUCUGUGGAUGAGUGGUUUAUUGUCGGCCAAAUAAAGAAGGUUUACUGCUCACUGUACAUACACAGAGAAAUAUAUACAGAACUAAUUUGUCCUUUGCAUUUAACCCAUAAAACUAAAUCAUCAUUUUAUUCCAUAACUUGUCAGUCCCCACCGUUUCCUUCCACACCUGCUGUGAGCUCCAGAAAUUAGAAAUCUAUCCAGAAUUACGGAGCUCAUUUUUGGGGCGACAGUAUUUCUACUGCUGACCUUUCAAUUGACCUGAGGCUAUAUACAUUUCCACUACACUUUUCAACAAAGUUAGGAACCAACUCAUCUCAAGUGCUUGUGAAGAACCUGACUGUCUUGGCUCCGACACCUGCAGACAGUGUGAAAACUUCUUACUGUGACAGGACCAGACAUUCACGGAUGAGUAGGCAGAUUUUUUUUUUUCUUCAUUUUCUUUGCCUAAAUUUCCCAGCCAGACUAUGACGACAUUGUCAUGGUUUGAUUAUGUUCACCUCUGGGUUAGAACCAUUCCCCUGCUCUUUCUGUGCUUCAGUUGUGUUAUUGUGUCGAACUUUGAAGAAGUUGAUGUUAAUUUCUUUUACUUGGCUUCGAUCAGGUCUGUGUGAGCCUUUCUGUGACUGUUGGACCAGUUCUUUCUGAAGACCAGUGUCUCACCGCAGGGCGCCUGGAUUUAUUCUCGUUGUAAAGACAUAGACUUCAUAUAAUUGAGUUAAAGAAAAGGUUCUACACUUGUCGCAUUGCCAAUUGGACUGUGUAUAUUUUAUGCCGUGUUUUCUAAUGUAAGAUAUUUUUGUAUAAAAAAUGAAUAAAUCUGUA